CGACCCCCGCCUCCCUCGGACCCGGCUUCGGCCCGCAGCGGGUUCGCGGCCCGAACGCGGCGGGAGCAGGGCCCGGGACGGUGCGUCCGGCCUCGCCCGCGGCUCCUCGCCCAGACAAGUUUGAACAAUGAUCACAGUCAACCCCGAUGGGAAGAUAAUGGUCAGAAGAUGCCUGGUCACCCUGAGACCCUUUCGGCUCUUUGUCCUGGGCAUCGGCUUCUUCUCACUCUGCUUCCUGAUGACGUCUCUGGGAGGCCAGCUCUCGGCCCGGCGCCCGGGGGACUCCCCCUUCACCAUCCGCACAGAAGUGCUGGGAGGGCCGGAGUCGCGCGGCGUCCUGCGCAAGAUGAGCGAGCUGCUGGAGCUCAUGGCGAAGCGCAUGGACGCGCUGGCCCGGCUGGAGAACGGCAGUGAGCCGCACCGGGCUGCCGGGCGCUUGGCUGCGGACAGGUUUCCCCCUGGGGCUGGCCUCAUGGAGCGGAUCCAGGCCAUCGCCCAGAAUGUGUCGGACAUCGCCGCGAAGGUGGACCAGAUCCUGCGUCACAGCCUGGUCCUGCACAGCAAGGUGUCUGAAGGCCGGCGGGACCAGUGUGAGGCACCCAGUGACCCCAAGUUCCCUGACUGCUCAGGGAAGGUGGAGUGGAUGCGUGCCCGCUGGACCUCUGACCCCUGCUAUGCCUUCUUUGGGGUGGACGGCACCGAGUGCUCCUUCCUCAUCUACCUCAGUGAGGUUGAGUGGUUCUGCCCCCCGCUGCCCUGGAGGAACCAGACGGCUGCUCAGAUGGCCCCCAAGCCCCUCCCCAAAGUCCAGGCAGUUUUCCGGAGCAACCUGUCCCACCUCCUGGAGCUGAUGGGCAGUGGGAAGGAGUCUCUAAUCUUCAUGAAGAAACGGACCAAGCGGCUCACGGCCCAGUGGGUGCUGGCUGCCCAGCGGCUGGCACGGAAGCUGGGAAGCGUCUGGAGGGACCAGAAGCAGAUCCUUGUUCACAUCGGCUUCCUGACGGAGGAGUCUGGUGAUGUGUUCAGCCCAAGGGUGCUAAAGGGCGGGCCACUGGGAGAGAUGGUGCAGUGGGCAGACAUCUUGGCCACUCUCUACGUCCUGGGCCAUGGCCUGCGGAUCACAGUGUCCCUGAAGGAGCUACAGAGUAACUUAGGGGUGCCGCCAGGCCGGGGGAACUGCCCGCUCACCAUGCCCCUGCCUUUCGACCUCAUCUACACCGACUACCAUGGCCUCCAGCAGAUGAAGCAGCACAUGGGACUGUCCUUCAAGAAGUACCGGUGCCGAAUCCGGGUCAUUGACACCUUCGGGACAGAGCCCGCAUACAACCACGAGGAGUACGCCACGCUGCACGGCUACCGGACCAACUGGGGCUACUGGAACCUCAACCCCAAGCAGUUCAUGACCAUGUUCCCUCACACCCCGGACAACUCCUUCAUGGGUUUCGUGUCGGAGGAGCUCAACGAGACGGAGAAGGAGCUCAUCAAAGGCGGCAAGGCCAGCAACAUGGCCGUGGUGUACGGCAAGGAAGCGAGUAUCUGGAAGCUCCAGGGGAAGGAGAAGUUCCUGGGCAUCCUGAACAAAUACAUGGAGAUCCACGGCACCGUGUACUAUGAGAGCCAGCGGCCCCCCGAGGUCCCGGCCUUCGUGAAGAACCACGGCCUCUUGCCACAGCCCGAGUUCCAGCAGCUGCUGCGCAAGGCCAAACUCUUCAUAGGCUUCGGCUUCCCUUACGAGGGCCCCGCGCCCCUGGAGGCCAUCGCCAACGGCUGUGUCUUCCUCCAGUCCCGCUUCAGCCCACCCCACAGCUCCCUCAACCACGAGUUCUUCCGAGGCAAGCCCACCUCCAGAGAGGUGUUCUCCCAGCACCCGUAUGCAGAGAACUUCAUUGGCAAGCCCCACGUGUGGACUGUCGACUACAAUAACUCAGAGGAGUUCGAAGCAGCCAUCAAGGCCAUCAUGAGAACGCAGGUAGACCCCUACCUGCCCUACGAGUACACCUGUGAGGGGAUGCUGGAACGAAUCCAUGCCUACAUACAGCACCAAGACUUCUGUGCGGCCUCAGGGCCUGCCCCAGCAGCGGCCCAAGCCCCACCCAGCCCCUUCGUUCUGGCCCCCAACGCCACCCAUCUGGAGUGGGCCCAGAAUGCCAGCUCGGCCCCCGGGGCCUGGCCCCCCGCACACUCCCUCCGGGCCUGGCUGGCCGCUGCGGGGAGGGCGUGCACGGACGCGUGCCUGGACCACGGGCUGAUUUGCGAGCCGACCUUCUUCCCCUUCCUCAACAGCCAGGACGCCUUCCAGAAGCUGCAGGUGCCCUGUGACAGCACCGAGUCGGAGAUGAACCACCUGUACCCGGCCUUCGCCCAGCCCGGCCGCGAGUGCUUCCUGCAGAAGGAGCCCCUGCUCUUCAGCUGCGCGGGCUCCAGCACCAAGUACCACCGGCUGUGUCCCUGCCGAGACUUCCGCAAGGGCCAGGUGGCCUUGUGCCGGGACUGUCUGUGAGGCCGCCCGGCCGCCUGGCUCCCGGCCGCAGGAGGAAGCACCAGCAGAUUCUGAGCUCCAGCGACGGGCCCUCCUCGCGACACCCCGGCACUGGGGCUUCGUUCCUUGGCCGAGAAGCGGGCAGAGCAGACUCGUGCAUGGGGCUAGGGGCGGGCCACGUGCCCUCCCCAGGCAGGCUCCUCGACGUCGUCCCGGGACUCAUGGCAGCAUCGUGGCCAGGCAGCUGUGGGAUUGGUCAGAGAGCCCUGGGGCAGGAGCAGGUGGUUGGAGGCCCCUUGCUUUGUGCAAGGCCAAUUCUGGACCAGACUGAGGGCCCUGGGGAUGGGGACUCAGAAUGUCUGUAGAGGGAGCAGGGGCAAGGUGCCCGAUGGCUCACCGAAGGGUCCAGGGGGUGGGGAGUGAUGCGUGGGGGUCAGUCUUGUCCCUCUGUGGUUGUUCGGGUACGGA